GUGAAGAAGAAGAACCAGCAACAACUACUACUUCAAUCAAAAAUGUCUCUGCUCUCACAGUUUGUGUUGUUGGUCCUUGUAGUGGCAGCUUUCGCCACCAUUCCUUCUCUGGCUGAUCAUGGUCCAGCUCAUCCUGGUGGUGAUGGUGAUGAUCACAAACCUGCUCCUCAUUCUGAGAAACCACCACAAGAACAUGAUCAUCAUGAACCACCAAAGAAGAAUCCUCCUACUGAAGAACCUCCUCAUCAUGAACCACCAAAGAAGAAUCCUCCUACUGAAGAACCUCCCCACCAUGGUCCUCACCCUAAGGAUGCCCUUGAUUCCCACCACGAGCAGCAACACCCAAUUCCAGGAAAGAAGUCACCACCAGAGCACAAGGGUCCUCCUCACCACCAACCUGGCCAGAAACUGCUUGAAGAAGCCCAUGAAUUAUCUGGAAUGCCAAGGAAGAUGAAGCCAUCUCACAGUCCAUCUAAGAAGAAGCACCCUGGCCCUGGGCCUUCACACAAGCCUGUACCCCAUGCCCAUCAUGAGUAGAGCU